UUAUAUCGGGAAGCAUCGCCCAGACCCCAGAUCGAGCACAAAUGGAGGCUGCCUACGUCUAUCUCGGCGUAGCUCUCGUCUCGCUGUUCAUUGUGCUUGCCAGCCGGAGGCGCUCGGCGGUGCAUGGUGGCGACGGCCUGCGCCUGCCGCCGGGGCCGUGGCAGCUGCCCGUGAUCGGCAGCCUGCACCACCUGGCCGGGCAACUCCCUCACCGCGCGAUGCGUGAUCUGGCACGGCGCCACGGGCCGGCCAUGCUGCUCCGGCUCGGCGAGGUACCGACGCUGGUGGUGUCCUCCCGGGAGGGGGCUCGCGAGGUGAUGAAGACCCACGACACCACGUUCGCGACGCGGCCCCUGAGCGCCACCAUGCGCGUGAUCACGAACGGCGGACGGGACAUCGUGUUCGCGCCGUACGGGGACUACUGGCGCCAGCUGCGGAAGAUCGCCGUCACGGAGCUCUUCACCGCGCGCCGCGUCCUCUCCUUCCGCGCCAUCCGCGAGGAGGAGGUCGCCGCCGUGCUCCGCGAGGUCGGCGAGGCCGCCGCGGCCGAGCACCCCGUGGUGGAGAUGCACGCGCUGCUGUCGGCGCUCGUGGCGGACAGCACGGUGCGCGCCGUUAUGGGCGACCGGUGCAAGGAGCGCGACGCGUUCCUCCGGGAGCUCGAGCGCUCCAUGAACCUCGCGGCGGGGUUCAACCCGGCCGACCUGUGGCCUUCGUCACGGCUAGCGGUGCGGUUAAGCGGUGCCGUGCGCCGCGCCAAGGAGUGCCGCGAUGCCGUCUACGGCAUCCUCGACGGCAUCAUCCAGGAGCACCUGAAGAGGAUGGACAGUGGCACAGACCAGGACGACGAUCUGCUUGACGUUCUGUUGAGGAUUCAGAAGGAGGGUGGGCUCCAGUUUCCGCUCGACAUGGACGCUAUCAAAUCCGUCAUCUUCGACAUAUUCGGCGCCGGCAGCGAGACAGCAGCGACGACGCUGGAGUGGGCAAUGGCAGAGCUGAUCAAGAACCCAAAGGUCAUGAAGAAGGCGACGGCUGAGGUCCGGCAAGCUUUCCAGUCCCACGGCGCCGUAUCUGAGCAUGCUCUGAGCGAUCUCCAUUACCUACACCUCGUCAUCCGGGAGACGCUGCGGCUGCACACGCCCCUGCCGCUGCUACUCCCGCGAGAGUGCCAGGAGCCAUGCCAAGUGCUGGGGUACGAUGUUCCGCGGGGCACGCAGGUGCUGAUCAACGUCUGGGCUCUGGGCCGCGACGAGCGCUACUGGCCCGACGCGCCGGAGGAGUUCCGGCCGGAACGAUUCGAGAGCGAAGCCGCCGCAGCGGACUUCGGGGGCAACGACUUCACUUUCCUGCCGUUCGGCGCCGGCCGUCGGAUGUGCCCUGGCAUGGCCUUCGGCCUCGCCAACGUCGAGCUCCCGCUCGCGAGCCUGCUUUUCCACUUCGACUGGGAGCUGCCAAGCUCGACGGAGCUCGACAUGGGCGAGGCUUUCGGCCUCACCGCGCGGCGGAGGGCCAAACUCCUGUUGCGUCCGAUUCUCCAAGUACCUGUUCCCGGAGUAUAGUGAACUGUUAAACCAGACGUAUAUAUAUCCUCAGUUUCAUCUGAAAUAAACAAAGACGUGAUCAUCGGGGUUUA